AUGGCGGCUGGCCUCUACAGUCAACUCCGAGCGGAGGAAAUCGAGUAUGGCAUGCUGCUCCGCCUGCAGAUCCACGUCACCAGUGUCCCCGACAUCAUCCUCCUCCUCCUCGAACUCCUCCAAAUCGAGUGCAUCCGGAGGUACCCUGAUAACUCACAAGUGAGAGGGCGAUCUGUAGGUGCUCAUGUACUUGUAGCUGCUCAUGUUCCUGUAGCUGAUGGGGAUUCUGUAGAUGUAGCUUGGCGGAUGCUACGGAAAGUGUCUCAUCAGGAUGUUCCAUUAGUAUCAUCUUUAGAGAGUGCAGAUUCACUGGAUGAAGCUUUUGUGCCUAAUGAUUUUGCAGAAGAUGAUUCUCAUCCUGUGUCUCCGGAUCUAUCUCAAGAUGAAGGAGAGUUCGACAAGGCUCUUUUGAAGUUCUAUCUCAAUCAAAAAGUAAAAUGCUUAAAGAGGAAACUAUCAUCUGCUUCUAGGAGGAAUGUGAGGCAGAAACGAUCUACUGAUUUCCCCACUUGUGCCACUUUCACUAGAUAUUCUGGGAAGUUGUUCUCUGGUGUUGUUGCUGGAAUGUGUCCUAGGUAUCAGAAUGUCAUCCAGACAUACGGCAUGGGCUGUCUCUUAAACUUUGUUAGGACCGAGGUUCCCCUUAGGCUAGUGAAGUGGCUUGCUAGUAGGUUUGAUGUCCCUUCAUCUGAAUUCCAGUUCGAAAGGAAAUUUAUCCCAAUGACCAAGUAUGAUAUCCAUGAUAUCCUUGACCUCCCAGUAGAUGGUGAGCCACUUGUGUCUGAUCCUGAGUCUGGACGUGAUUUUAUCCUGUCUCACUUCAAUGUUUCUAGUAUUCCUCCUGUCUCUUUCUUCGCCAGCAAGCUUAAAUCCACCGAAGUCGAGUUGUCUGAUGAAGACAUUUCCAUUUGCUUCAUGAUUGUUGCGUUGUCCUCAUUCCUUUGUACCAACUCUAGCCUCAGUCCUAGCCAGAAGUACCUGCAUAUUUUCAGGGAUUGUUCUUCUGUGUGCAACUAUGAUCUGUCCGGAUAUGUUUAUGAGUGGUUGUUGAGCAGCAUCAAAAAGUUCAAGAAUUCCACUAAAGUUGCUUCUAAAAGAUCAGUGACGUCUGGUGGUUGUCACUAUGCUUUUGCUGUUUGUUACCUUGACCAACUUAAUUUCGGUCUCCAUUCUGUCCCUGAUGUCAAGCCCCGGAUUCUAGCAUGGAGAGGUAACAAAGUUAAGCAAUUUUCAGAGCUUGACAGAAACAAUAGCCGCUCUUAUGGCAAGAGGCCUCUAAAGCGGUUGUUUGCUCCAGUUAAUCCGCAGAAGUCUAUCGAGAAAUCUUCAGCAAGCAAAGAUGGUGAUGUUCCCCUUUGCAGUGACAUGCUUUUUGAAAUGAAUGUGCAGAAAUCCUUCGGUGCUCGUUUUGGGUUUGAGGCUGCUCAAGUAGUCAUAAACCUUGUUCAAUCUAGGAACAAAGACAAGCCCAAGCUAUUUGUACAAUGGUCACAGUCCCUUGUAAUUGACGUUCUAGAAUGCUUAUCACUCUCUACUCUAAAUGCCAAAUCUGUCCCGACACCUAAAGUUUAUUCAAGUGAGGGUCAUUCUUUCAACAAGUUCUCUUUUGGCGCCAAGUCUGUCUCUAUUCAAUCUUUCAUUGAUGAGAGGAAGUGUGAGACUGUUGUUGAGAAAUCAUCUCCUGAAGUCCAGCAGCAAAUCCCCAAUUUGAAUGAAGCUUCUCCUUUUGUUUCUGGUGUUGUUAGUGUUGGGGGUUUUCACAACCCAGUAGUUUUAUCUAGUUCAUCUCCAGCUCCUAAAGUGUGUGAUGAGGGCGUGGUAAAUGAGGCAAAUGUUGAAGCUGCAAUUCCAGUGGCGGAUUUAUCUUCUAUAAAAAGUCCUUCUCAUUCUAUAGGUAUAUCCCCUUAAACGACGCGGUGUGCAAUUCCUGUUGUUGGUUCUACUUUGGAGCCCUCAGGUCCUUUGUGUGUUUAUUUAUUUUUCUUGGUAUAGUUUGAUAUUGUUUUGAAACAAUUUCUGUAACUCACCCUCUUGUUUUGUGUUUUGUGUAGCUGGUCUUAUUAAGAAAUGCGAACCCAAGGCCGAUGAUAAUGGUUUUCAAAGACCCACUUUUGCUCAGUUAAAUCGCACUCUUGGUGUUCAAUCUAAUGGCGAUGUUACCAAUGGUGAGCCCAAUGUUAAAGAGGUCGAUAAUUCUUUUGGAGAACCGUCCCCUCUGGUUCCUAUUCGCUUGUCGCAGCGUUUCCAUAAUGCGGUUGCAAGUUGUUUGCGGUCCCUGAUGACGAGGGGGUUUGUUUGUCCAGGUCGAACGGGCAAGAUGUUUACCCGACCCGUUUAGAGGUUCGUUUUUUGCUUUCUGGUGAUUUUCCUGCUAGUACAGGUGUAAUCUGUUGAUUGGACAGAAAAUUUGACUGUUUUUGAAUUGAAAAACAGUCAGAUGUCAAUUAGACAGUCCCUUGUUUUAACUUUCUGUUACCUCCCCUGAUAGCUAAUAUCCCAUAGCUUUUCUGUUCCCAGUUAUAUAUGGCAUGUGCCUGUACUUGCUAGUCUUACAUCUGUAAUGAUUUAUAGCGAUGCACCCUAGUUCAAACACAUUAACCAUCAUCAGAAUAGUAUCGAAUUUCGCUACAGACUACCGACUCCCAAGGUUUGGUCAUUCCAAACUAGAAAAUUUCAUGUACAGACCACAGACUAACAGGCCCGAUGAUUGCAAACAAAUCAUUUUCGUUUCGAACAUAUUCAGCAUCAACAGAAAGCAGAAAUUUUCCACUGCACAUUGCACAUUAAGAGGGUCGUAUGUUUACUAGCAAAUCCAUAUUUCAUAGCAAAAUUUUCGAAAUCAACACAGUACAUAUUUUCCUAGCAAAUACAUUUUGACUGUGCAUUUUACGCGCAGAAAAA